GUUUGCGUGAGGCUAGCCCUAGUUGUGGUUUAUGGAAGCAAACGUGUACUUAGAAGUCUUCAAAAUUUGCAAACACAACAUGAUAGAACUUGAGUUUAUUCGCUUGAGUUGUACAUAAAAAGCUAUUUGAAUUCACUACGAAAAUUUAAAUUUCACCUCGGGUUUGGGAUAAAAGAAAAUUUUCCGUAGCCAUUUUGGCUCAAGCUACUUGCAGUUUCUUCGCCGCUCCGUAGCCUUUCUGGAAGACAGCAGGAAUAGGGCAUGUCCGCCCGCGUGGACACCGAGCUGCUUGGGGGGGGACGAGAACAAAGGCAUGGACCACAUUGUUGAUAAUUCAGGGCUUCAUGAUCUUCCCGGAGGUUUUUCGAAGGUUGUCGGCUCGUUGUUUCUUGCGGCCUUUGCUAUUUACGGCACUGGCAGUGCCAUCGUGGAACAGUACGUGAGUGCGACGGGGGGCGGGGCAAAAACUACGCCGGACACGACGUUCGUGGUCGGCUGUCUCCUCAUGCUGGCAAACUCGCUGGUUGUGCUGAUGAUCGGAAUUUUGCUCGCUCUAGCGGUCUGGAAGAGCAGCGUAAAUGGGGUGUCUCGUCCUCCCGCACAGGGCCAGGGAUCAUUACACGCCCCACUACCUCCUUCGAGCAGCUCCGCACCUGCGCUGGCAGCUGUCACGGACUUGGUUCCGCCGAUGGUUUACGUGUUUGCCCGUUUCCUCGAGGCCAUUCUGCUGGGUUUCGGCGCGGUCUGCCUGCUGGGCGUCGAGUCCCUGUUUGGCCCCGCCAGCAGCCACUCCGGGCAGGACAAGGCGACCCUGAUUCUGCUUCUGACCAGCUGGAACUUUUUUUGCUACCAGCUUGGCAUGCUGGUCUGCGGCGGGGGGUCCGCUACGCUCUUCUGGUACCUGCGGACGUCGUCGAACUUCCUGCUUCCUGUUUCCUUCGCGACCUUUGCCUGUGCGUCCUACGCUCUUCUCGCGGUUGGUGCCGCGUGUGAGAUCCUGAGGGUUUUCCCUGGCGUUGGGCUGUGGCUGUCUGCCCCGGGGGCAGUGUUUGAAAUCGCGUUCGCGAUGCGGCUACUGACAAAUGGACUCAAGAUCGAAGUAGCGGAUGGUCGCUACAGUGUGGUUGCAUGCGCAACUGAUUGAUCACGCCGGGCCGGGAACAUAGUGUGCGUCUAGAAAUUUGGCCCCAGGUCAUAUCGCGACGGCUGGAGGAAGCAGCCGGUCCUGGUUGGGCUAUAGUGUGGACGCGAGGAUCACUGCGGGAUGAGCUUCGCGAUGCCUUGCAAUUUUUCGGGAUGGCUCCUUUGGUCGGGAUGUAGCACAUUCAUUCAAUUUUUUUCCCCUACGACUCUCGCUCCCUAGCGAAAAUUUUCUUGCCGGUACUCUCCCCGGGAUCCCUUUUCCUUAGCCAGGGGACACGUCUGUCGCGUUGAACUAUGUGAGGCGAAAACAACAAAAAAUUAGCAGAAAAG